AUCUGGAGCUGUAGCUGGUCACUUGGAUAUGAAGCAGAAGAUUCAGUACGGGUCAGUCAUCCUGAAACAGGCAUUUUUGGGGUAUCUGUCUCCUUCCCUGCCCCUUCAGUCAGACAAGAACAGGAAAUGCAAAAAGCUCUUCAUGAAGAUGACCAGGAUUCCUCAGAAAGCAGUUUGGACCAAGAUCCCAUUAGAAGGGAUUCCUUUAGUCAGCAAGAAUUUCCAGCUCCACUGGCACACCAGGCGCCAGACACAUCCACAAGGUCUCCAACAGGCCAAAAAGGCACCAAACAGGCGUCUCUAGGGAACACCAGUGAUCAGACCUCAAAAGUGCAACAUCCUCCAUUGGUUACCAAUGGCACUAGCAAGCCACAUGUUAGCCAUUUACCAAAACAAGUCUUCCCUUGGAUGAAAGAAACAAGACACAGCAGCAAGCAGAAGAACAACCUUCCAUCUUCAGACCCCAGCUCCUCUCCACCAAGUCUCUCCUCAUCCAAGAGGGUCCGCACAGCCUACACCCAAACGCAGCUGGUGGAACUGGAGAAGGAGUUCCAUUUUAAUAGAUACCUCUGCCGGCCACGCAGGCUGGAAAUGGCCCGGCUUCUGAGGCUCUCUGAGAGGCAAAUCAAGAUCUGGUUCCAGAACAGAAGGAUGAAGUAUAAGAAAGACAGCAGGGUCAAGGGGACCAUUGGGAAGUCCCCGAGCAAAAGUCCUCAAGUGAGUGACUAUUUCAGUCCAAUGGAGGCUGAGUAUGAUUUGGCCACACCAAGUUCAUGUAGCAAGGCCCAGGGUGGGGUAUAUAGUUAUACAGACCCUCUCUUUGACAGCUCCUUAGCGUCCAUCUCCUUGGAGUAUGGCCCCCUUUCUCUGCAAGGAGACAGUCCUCAUUAUGGACCUCCAGUUCUGCAAGGGAGUCCAAGCGAAGUGGAAGAAAAUUACCUGGGAAAUAUGCCCGAGGCUGACUCACUCUUCAGCUUCCCUGACUGUUCCUCUGCAAACCUGGACUACAGCUGUGUUGCCGAAAUCCCCAGUCAUCACCAGCUUGGGCUGUCCAACUCACAUCCCAUUUACACAGAUUUAGCAACACAUCCUGUGCCUCAGGGAGAUUCUCAGGGACCUGUAAAUCUUAUGCAUCUGUGAGGGCUCUCUCUGCCAUGGAAACCAAGCAGGGGAAAUUGCUACAGUCCUAUUAUCUCAUUAAAAAAAGAAAAAACCCUCUAAGUGCAACCAACAGCAUUUCUCUCCCCCAACCCCCCUCCAACCGCCUACCACUCCUAUCUGCCCACCCAUUACCUCCCAUUUAUUUAACUGUACAGGACAUUCAUUGGUGGGGGAGGGGCUGCUUCUGGAUGCUGCAAAGUUGAUAAUUCACCCAAAGCAAGGCUGUCUUCAAACCAAACCUAAGGCAGUCUAUGCACUGGAUUAUUAAACAUCCGUUUUGUAAAGAGGGUUUUGUGAAUGAUAUUGGAAAGGAAGGCAGUGUGGGUCUCAGUUGUUCAGCAGCUAUUGGCCUCAUGAUCCUCUUGGAAAAGGGGAGAAAUCAGGCUGAUCAUAGUUGCUCUGGUUUUCAGGCAUUCAUUUCAUGAAGUGAAAGACUUUUAACUAACCUUGCUACCCCAUACAAGACAACUCAGAAGCAAGUCUUGUUGAGUUCAAUUGGGUUUACUCCUAGAAGAGUAGAUGUAGAAUUGCAGCCUAAGUGUGGCUAUUUCCAAGUCCAGUUCUUUGCCUAUUCCAUUCCAAAGGUUUAGCACUUCACAGGGUGAAGAGCAGACACCUUGCCCUAAUAGCAGGGAUCUUUUAAGGUCCAAUAUCUUUCUACAGGCAAACAUAGAUGAGCAUUUACCAACCAUAAUAGUCCUGGUGGCUAGUGGCCAUUGGCACUGGUGGGUCCUCACGAUGGCCCCAUGUGAACCAAGAGUAGACUCGGAACUCCUGUGAAGGGGUCUAGCCCAGGAGAAGAUAGGCAGUGGUAGUCAAGCUGUUUCUCCAAGAAAGCUUGCCCAUCAGUACUGAUCUUCUGACUGAGAAAUCCCAUUGAGCUACUGAUGAACCCCAGGUACCAUAGAUCAUAGUUUGAAAAGCCAUUGCCGUAUGUUGCUAUUGCCUAAGCCUCAUCAAAAUAUUUUCUGACAGAAUUGUGGUGCCAAUGCAGCAAGAAUAGGCAAGAUGCAUAUUCCUCCUUCCUCUUUCAUCCCUUGCCAGGGUGUUACCACCUCUAGGUAAGAACCUAGCGCUAUCAGGGAAGCCCACUCCAAGAAACCCUGUUGCAGAGAGCCCAUCUCUCCAGACUGCACUAAAUCUUUGACAAUAAGCAUCUCCCAAUGCAUGCCUAACAUCAAAGAUAACACUCGAAAUUCCACACCUACAUCUUAAAAAACAAAAAAAAAUCUCCUGUGAUCCAGCUCCAAUAUUGAAAUCACCUGCUUGUUGUAGUUCCUGGGCAAGUGAAUGGCUGCCUCUGAGGGCUAUUGUCUUGCCAUCAGGCGCGGCUAGUGAAUGCGUCUUGGGAGAACCAGCUUGCAGCCUCGCUGCUGCAGCAGUGAGCAAUGUUUUCACUGCACGCUACACGUCACCGAUGGUUUAUUUUUAAUGAUUGCUUGGCUCUUGGCAUCUAUUUUAAUGUACUGUUUUGAUACUGGAAAUAAAGAGGCUUUUUAAAAACA